UGUCAGAGCGCAAUAUAUCGCAAUAUAAGGGUAACAAAAGCAAGAACAGCUUCACUCAUCACAAGUCAGGAGUCACAGCUAACACUUUAUCGCCGGAAUCUGACGUUUCGUGCUGGUAAUUGCGGACGCAGCACUUCCGGAAGCUGACGUAAUCAUGGAGGUUGAUUCCUGGCCUUCAAGAGUUCACGCUGCUAAGCACUUCUCUGCUUUUCAAGCUGCUAGAUAUAACUCUGAUAACCAUUUGGUAACGGACGAUUCAGAUGGAGAUGAGGACACAAGAGCUUACUUUCCCUGCCCCUUCUGUUAUAUAGAUAUUGAAGUCCAUGUGCUUUGCAGCCACCUCCAGGAUGAGCACUGCUUUGACUUAAAAAAUGCAGUCUGUCCACUUUGUGCAGCAAAUCUAGGGAAAGAUGUGAUGGGGCAUUUCAUGGUACAACAUUCAGGUUCACUGAAGCGUAGGAGAAAGCCUCCGAAAUCUGCUCUCUGGUCUGGUAAUUCAGCCAUGAUUAGCAAGGAACUGAGCUCAUUUCUUGGGUCUUCAACAAACGGCAGGGCAAACACAAAUGAACCAGCACCAGAGCCACUUCUCUCACCAUUUCUUAGCAGUGGAUUACAUUCUCACCCUGAAGGAAGCCAGCAAGAUGAAUCUUCCAACAAAAGUUUCCAUUCAAAAAGCACUGAGUUAUCUUCAGUAGAUGGAGGGGAUGUGGUGGACUCUGAAGAGAGAAGGCAAAGAGCUGCAUUUGUUCAACAGUUGAUUGCUUCAACCAUCUUCUAGAGCUUUGUUAUCAUCUAAAGGGAGUUGAAAGAAAACUUAUACAUUGAUGCAAUCUAUAGACACUGGGGUUUUUAGUACUGGUGCUUGAGUUUAGCGAAGCCAAAACGGUCUCCGUUGUUAGGUAUAUCCCUGGAUUGGUGUCGAUGAUUAUAGCAACUACGGAACCGAACACAUCUUGUAUUAAAAGCGUCUACAUAUAUAUUUUUUAGCCUCUUUAGAAAACUAAAUUUUAUAAUGAACACUGAGUAGGAACUCUUUCUUAAUGCUAAAAGGUCAAUUAUAUAUUCACCAGAGCAGACAUUUACUGCAUGGA